UAUGCUUUAUUACAAUAUAUUUACUGCUUGCAUAUGCUUACUCAUCCCAUUGUAUGGCCAGUUAACAAUUAUUUGUACAUAUAUACGUGGAAGGUAAUACAUGUGAAUCAGGCGUUCUAUUCCAUAUGUUUGUCCUCAUCUACCUUCCCUUUAUAUAUGGGGUAUGCUGUUAUUGUUGUUGAUGGUUAUAUAAACUCAUAUAUAUUCAGAAACAAUAAUCGGAGCAACAACACAUUUCAUAGAAUAUACAUAUUCACAUCAGUCUCUCCACAAACACACGUACACAUACACCACCCAAUGGAGAAGAUACGCCACAAGAUGGUGGCAGUGAAUGGAAUAAACAUGCACGUAGCAGAGCUUGGCACAGGCCCAACCAUCCUCUUCAUCCAUGGCUUCCCGGAGCUCUGGUAUACCUGGCGCCACCAGAUUCUCUAUCUUGCCUCGCAUGGCUACCAUGCUGUAGCACUUGAUCUCCGUGGCUAUGGUGACACAACUGGUGCUCCUACCUCCGACCCCACCAAGUUCACCACCCUUCAUGUGGUUGGAGACCUGGUGGCGCUCAUCAACACCGUGGCUGCCCCAGGCGAAGAUAAGGUGUUUGUGGUCGGACAUGACUGGGGUGCAAUCAUUGCCUGGGCUUUGUGCCUUUAUCGGCCGGAUAAAGUAAAGGCCUUGGUGAAUAUGAGUGUUGCUUUCCAGCCAAGAGAUCCUAAUACCAAACCUGUUGAAGCGUAUCGAGAGAUUUAUGGAAACGAUUACUAUGUCGUUAGAUUUCAGGAAACUGGAGAAAUUGAAGGUGAAUUUGCGGUAUAUGGUACAGAGAGAGUAUUAAAUGCUUUCUUCAAUUAUCGAAAACCUGCCCCUCUUUUUCUACCCAAGGGUAAUGGUUUAGGAAUCUCACCUGAUGAUCCUAUAAUCGUGCCUUCAUGGAUGACCAAAGAAGAUCUUGAAUACUACACCGGAAAGUUUGAGAAAACUGGCUUCACUGGAGGUCUAAACUACUAUCGAGCUCUCGACUUGAACUGGGAAUUAACUGGCCCAUGGACUGAAGCCAAAGUGAGUGUACCUGUUAAGUUCAUCGUGGGUGACCUUGACCUGACUUACAACUCGGUUGGCGGAAAAGACUAUAUAGAAAGUGGAGAGUUCAAGAAAGAUGUUCCUCUUUUAGAAGAUGUAAUCAUACUGGAAGGUGUUGCUCAUUUUCUUCAUGAAGAAAAACCUGAGGAAAUUAACAAGCAUAUCCACCAAUUCUUUGAACAAUUCUCUAUCUAAAUACUACAACCGUUUAUAUA